AUGAUUGGUCCAAUCAACCACCUCUCGAUCGGAGAUUUUAGCUUUGCUCGCUCGCUUACAGUAGCGGGCCACCUCCCAUCCCCAUCACGUUCGACCGAUAGGACAUCCAAUUGUGAAGAAUGUGGUAAAUCGGGUCACACUCGUGACAAAUGCUUCGAGAUUUUGGGAUACCCAGAUUGGUGGCCUUCAAAGAACAAGCCUCCACCACGAAGUUCACCUCGGGUUGCUCGUUCUUCUUUUCCGGCGGUGCACCAAGUCGCCGUCGACCAGACCUCCACCACGAGUGCCACCCAUGGCCUCUCUAUCGAGCAAUAUAACCAAUUGAUGGAACUCUUAAAACCUCCAGCCAUGGCCUUCACAGGUGAUUUUUCUUUAUCUCCUAAUUUAAAUCUUUCUAAUGUUUUAUCGGUUCCUGAUUUCAAACUUAGUUUAUUAUCCGACCUAACCACGAAGAUGCUGAUUGGUGUGGGCGAUGAGCUUAAUAGAUUGUACUACUUUAGGCAUGCUCCAGCGACCACUCUCCAAGCAUCUAGUCCUGUCUCUUUUGACACUUGGCAUCAAAGUUUGGGUCACCCCUCUUUACAUAAUGUUCCCAAUUUAUUUCUCGUCCUCCCAAUAUUGAUCAUUGUGAUAUAUGUACUCAUGGAAAACAUACACGUUGAUGAAUAUAGUCUGGUCAUAUGGUUGUACUUAAUGCAUUUCAAAUCCGAAACUUUCACUUGUCUUCGUUCCUUUUUUUCUAUGGGUGAAUGUGUUCUCACGGCCACUUAUCUCAUCAAUCGCACUCUUUCGUCCUCUCUCCAAAAUAUUUCUCUUUUUGAGCAUCUUUAUCACACCCCACCACGUUAUGAUCAUUUACGUGUGUUUGGUUGCCUAUGCUAUGCCCACACCAAUUCUGCUCACCGUGAUAAGUUUCAAUCCCGUGCCCAUCCCUAUGUCUUCCUCGGUUAUCCGUCUUCUUAUAGUGCAUACCAUGUUUAUGACUUAGAGGACAAGAAACUUUUAACAUCUUGGGAUGUCACCUUUCUCGAACAUGUCUUUCCUUUUCAACUGCAUUCUCCCUCUUCCCCAUCAUCCCUGGUCUUACCUCUCCCCUUCCCCGAUCCUUUUCCACACCCAGCGCCACCCUUUCCACCAUCCUCUCCACCUCCUCCCAUCUUUAAGCCCUCUAUUCUUCCCAUUUGUCCUCGUCACACUAUCCAGCAUUUCUCUCAUCUUGCUGACUACAUUUGCCCUACCCUGCCAUCGUCUUCAUCCGUUACGCCCUUCAUUGCCCUCAUUGCAGCUUCAGAUGGUUCCAUUGAACACCAUAAGGCUCGGUUGGUGGCUAAGGACUACACUCAGGUAGAGGGUCUUGAUAAUCGUGACACCUUUGCACCGGUGACUAAACUUGUUACUGUUUAUUGUGUCUUGGCCAUUGCAGUAGCCCGUAAUUAG